AUGGUUGGGUCAAAACGACGUGAAACACCGACCUUUGCGUAUGCGGCCGCGCUCGGAAGCGGUGUGGUGGAGACGGUUGGAAUUGUGGUGGGACCGUGGCGAACCGUGGCGAGGUGUAGUGAAAACACCGAGAAAUUGGUAAACGUACACAUAGAUGUGGGCCGAGAUAACGGAUCAUGUACCAGUUUCGACAGUUCUGUGAGAGUGUGGGAAAAGGAAACAAAGCUACUGUAUUCACUGUUUUCAUUCUACUGGCAACAUUCCAACAGUGUUCAUAUGGUUGAAAGCGAUCCUGGACUGUCUGGAUUUCUUUUGCAUGUUUCAUGGACUCUACCCGUCGUUGAACGCGCUCAUCCUAGGUUAGGGCGUCCUGUUGUUGGAAUUCGAGAUCAAGCCGCGCGUUAA